AUGGCUGAGUCCCAAGAUGUACUGCUUGAUAAAAUUAAAGAACAAGGAGAUCUCGUGAGGAAAUUAAAAGCUGCAAAGGAAUCAACUGAAAAGAUUCAAGAGGAGGUUAGUAAGUUACUAGCUUUAAAAGCACAGUUAGGAUCAGAAGAUUCAGCUCCACAGAAGUUUGUUCUUAAAACACCAAAAGGUACUAGAGACUACAAUCCACAACAAAUGACCAUAAGGAAUAAUGUACUUCAAAAAAUUAUAGCAGUAUUUAAAAAACAUGGAGCUGAGUGUAUUGAUACUCCAGUGUUUGAAUUGAAGGAAGUUUUGACUGGAAAAUAUGGUGAAGAUUCAAAAUUAAUCUAUGACUUAAAAGAUCAGGGCGGUGAAAUACUUGCCUUGCGAUAUGAUUUAACAGUACCUUUGGCUCGUUAUUUGGCAAUGAGCAAGAUCAAUAAUCUGAAGAGAUAUCACAUAGCUAAAGUGUACAGAAGAGAUAAUCCAGCUAUGACAAGAGGUAGAUAUAGGGAGUUCUAUCAAUGUGAUUUUGAUAUUGCUGGUCAGUAUGAUCCAAUGGUUCCAGAUGUAGAAUGUCUCAAAGUUGUGACUGAGGUUCUGGAUGCCCUUGAUAUUGGAAAGUAUGUAUUGAAGGUUAAUCAUAGACGGUUACUUGAUGGGAUGUUUGAAGCAUGUGGAGUUCCAGUUGAUAAAUUUCGAUCUACUUGUUCCACAGUUGAUAAAUUGGAUAAAUUACCAUGGGAGGAAGUAAGGACUGAAAUGAUAAAUGAGAAAGGUAUUUCACCAGAUGCUGCUGAUAGAAUAGGAGAAUAUGUGCGACUGAAUGGUGGUGCAGAGUUGGCAAACAAGUUAUUAAAUGAUGAGAAGUUAUCCAAAUCCAAAGCAGCGGUAGAAGGACUGGAGGGAAUAAAAUUGUUGUUAAAUUAUUGUGAUAUUCUAGGCAUUAGUGACAAAAUAUUGUUUGAUUUGAGUUUAGCUCGAGGAUUGGACUAUUACACAGGAGUUAUUUAUGAAGCUGUUUUAACACAACCAAUCAAAGUUGGCAAUGAAGAGCUAACUGUGGGCUCGAUAGCGGGCGGCGGCCGUUACGAUAACCUCGUUGGAAUGUUCGAUGCCAAAAACAAGCAGGUGCCGUGUGUCGGCGUUAGUGUCGGCGUUGAACGAAUAUUCUCCGUAUUGGAAUCAAAAUUGGCAGCGGGCGAUAUAAGUGUGCGCACGAAUGAAAUAGACGUAUACGUCGCAUCCGCACAGAAGAACUUCCUCGAAGAACGUAUGAAGAUAUGUGCAGAGUUAUGGAACGCGGGAAUCAAGACGGAACAGUCUUAUAAGAAAAAUCCAAAAAUGCUGAACCAGUUGCAACAUUGCGAAGAGAAUGGUAUACCCCUGGCGGUAAUUCUCGGUGAAUCAGAGUUAAAGCGAGGCUUGGUCAAGAUCAGGAAUAUCACUACGAGGGAGGAACAAGAAGUGCCUAGAGCAAACCUUGUGGAGGAGCUCAAGACAAGGAUAAAUGCAUUAAAUGUGAAAGAGAUAAAUGGUUCCUUAUAA